AUGGCCACCGAUUUGGGGGACCCCAAAGUCCCCACAUCCCCCCCCCCCCCCCCAAAACGCUUCUUUCGGAAGAGCGUAGAGUUAUUGGAGGACGAAGAACGAGACCCACCAAGUGACGGAGGAGACCCGGAAUUUCGGGGUGAUCUCGAAUUUCGGGGUGAUCUCGAAUUUCGGGGAGACCUCGAAUUUCGGGGGGCCGCCGGGGGAAGGGAGGAAGCGGAAGAAGAAGCGGAGAUGAAGGCGGUGGCCACUUCGCCGGGGGGAAGGUUCCUCAAGUUCGACAUCGAGUUGGGACGCGGAGCCUUCAAGACGGUCUUCAAGGGUUUCGACACCGAUACUUGGGUGGAGGUGGCUUGGUGUGAGCUCCAGGACCGCAAGUUGACCAAGGUGGAGCAACAACGGUUCAAGGAAGAAGCAGAGAUGCUGAAGGGGUUGCAGCACCCUAACAUCGUCCGCUUCUACGACUCUUGGGAGUCCACGGUCAAGGGCAAGAAGUGCAUCGUCCUCGUCACCGAACUGAUGACCUCCGGCACCCUCAAGACGUAUCUCAAGAGGUUCAAGGUGAUGAAGCCCAAGGUGUUACGGAGCUGGUGCCGGCAGAUCUUGAAGGGUCUCCACUUUCUCCACACCCGUACGCCACCCAUCAUUCACCGGGACCUCAAGUGCGACAACAUCUUCAUCACCGGCCCCACGGGUUCCGUCAAGAUCGGUGAUUUGGGUUUGGCCACCCUGAUGCGGACCUCCUUCGCCAAGAGCGUCAUCGGUACGCCGGAAUUUAUGGCGCCGGAGAUGUACGAGGAACGCUACGAUGAGUCAGUGGACGUCUACGCCUUCGGGAUGUGCAUGUUGGAGAUGGGCACCUCUGAAUAUCCCUACUCCGAGUGCCAAAACGCUGCCCAGAUCUACCGCAAAGUCACCAGCGGCAUCAAGCCGGCCAGCUUUGACAAGGUGACGGACCUGGAGGUGAAGGAGAUCAUCGAAGGUUGCAUCCGGCAGAACAAGGCAGAGAGGCUUUCCAUCCGCGACCUGCUGAACCACGCUUUCUUCGCCGAGGACACGGGGUUACGCGUGGAGCUGGCGGAGGACGACGGGGGGUUCGACUCUUCCUUGGCGCUCCGGCUUUGGGUGGAGGACCCCAAGAAGUUGAAGGGGAAGCACAAGGACAACGAAGCCAUCGAGUUCAGCUUCAACCUGGAGGCCGAUGUCCCCGAGGAGGUGGCCUAUGAGAUGGUGAAAUCCGGCUUCUUCCAUGAAAGCGACUCCAAAGCCGUCGCCAAAUCCAUCCGAGACCGGUUGACAUUGGUGAGGAAGACGCGGGAGAAGAAGCAAGCAGAAGGUCGGGGGCUCCCCGAAAAUGAGGAUACCGAAGUGGACCAACACGUCCGGCAGCAGCUGCUCCGGCGAGGGGCUCUUGGAGAACGGUCCCAUCUCAGAUGCCACCAGCACCCGUUGUCUCACCGGGGCGCCCGAGCCCACGCCACAGCUCCUUGGGUGCUACCAACGAGGGUCACCAGGACCCCCCCAAGAUGGGGCGUCCCCUACUUGUGGCCGUCCCAUCCCCUUGCAGGUGCCGGUCACCUACGGGGUGGAGGGCACAUCGACAGAUGUCACUGGAGGUGCCACCACGGCAGCGCCAGAGCCACCCGGCAUCGAUGGGGAGCCGGGGGUCGGUGUGACGCAGAGCCGUGGGAUGUCAUCAGUGGUGGUCGCACGGCUGCAACCAGCUCCUGGGGCGCCGGGUCCGGUGAUGACAUCGGCGGUGCCCGGCAUGCAGCUGGCUCUGGGGAUGUCACCAGCUCCAGGGGUGCCACCACCAACUGGAAUGCCACCAGCUCCGGGGAUUCCACCAGCUCCGGGGAUGCCACCACCAACUGGAAUGCCACCAGCUCCAGGGAUUCCACCAGCUCCGGGGAUGCCACCAGCUCCAGGAAUGCCACCGCCAACUGGGAUGCCACCAGCUCCAGGAAUGCCACCACCAGCUCCAGGAAUGCCACCAGCUCCAGGGAUGCCACCUCAAUCGGUCCCCAUCGUGCAGUUGCAGCCGGGUCCAGGGAUGCCGCCGGGUCCAGGGAUGCCACCAGCCCAAGGGAUGCCACCACAGCCAGUCCCCACCAUGCAGCCACAGCUGGUGCCAGGGAUGUCACCAGCUCCAGGGAUGCCACCACAACUGGUGGCCACCAUGCAGCCGCAGCUGGCUCCAGGGAUGCCACCAGCUCCAGGGAUGCCACCACCAGCUGGGAUGCCACCACAGCCAAUCCCCACCAUGCAGCCACAGCCAACCCCAGGGAUGCCACCAACAGUGGGAGUGUCACCUGCUCCAGGGAUGCCACCAACCGUGGUGAUGGCCCCAACCACAGGGAUGCCACCAGCUCCAGAGAUGCCACCAACCAUUGGGAUGCCACCAGCUGUGGGGAUGCCACCGCUACCUGGCUUGCCACCAGCUGCAGGGAUGCCACCAACCGUGGGGAUGCCACCUCCAUCUGGGAUGCCACCACUGUCUGGCAUGCCACCAGCCCAAGGGAUGCCACCAACCAUGGGGAUGUCACCGGCUCCGGUGAUGCCACCAACCAUGGGGAUGUCACCAGCUCCAGGGACGUCACCAGCUCCAGUAAUGCCACCACCACCAUCCGGGAUGCCACCAGCUCAAGGGAUGCCACCAACCAUGGGGAUGUCACCAGCUCCAGUGAUGCCACCACCAUCCGGGAUGCCACCACCAACAUCUGGGAUGCCACCAACCCAAGGGAUGCCACCACCGCCACUCCCCACCCUCCCAGUAGGUCCCCAACCCGAAGACCCGUCCCUGCACGCUGAUCCCCCACCGUCUGCCACCAACCCUUCGGAGCCGGUGCCCUUCCUCCGCGUCCCUGAGGCCACCACCGUCCCCGAACCUCCCGGUGCCAAACCCGACCGUGUCCGGCAACGCCGAGCCUCCUGCCCUCGCCCAGAGAGGGUUCCUCGCUUCCAACUGACCGUCCUCCAGGUCUCGUCCCCUGGGGACAACACAGUGGAAUGUCAGCUGGAGACCCACGACAGCAAGAUGGUGACCUUCAAGUUUGAUGCCGACGGGGACGCUCCCGAGGACAUCGCCUGCUACAUG